AUGCACCGAACAUACAGCAUGCGCCAAUCUCGCGCGCCCACGGCGUCGCAGAUUCAGAGCCCCCCGCCACCUUCGUCCUCGACCAAGAGCGGGCGCUUCUUUGGCAAGGCUAACAUUGGCCACACCUUCCGCCACAAAUCUGCCGGUGCCUUCGGACCUGACCUUGCGAAGAAGUUGUCACAACUUGUAAAGAUGGAGAAGAACGUCAUGCGCAGCAUGGAGCUGGUUUCUAGGGAGCGUAUGGAGGUCGCACAACAACUCUCCAUUUGGGGCGAGGCUUGCGACGACGACGUCUCUGACGUCACUGACAAGCUCGGAGUUCUCAUCUACGAAAUCGGUGAGCUCGAGGACCAGUAUGUUGACCGCUACGACCAAUACCGUGUCACCAUCAAGAGCAUCCGCAACAUUGAAGCUUCCGUUCAGCCCAGCCGUGACCGCAAGCAGAAGAUCACCGACCAGAUUGCUCAGUUGAAGUACAAGGAGCCCAACUCCCCCAAGAUUGUUGUCCUUGAGCAGGAGCUCGUACGUGCCGAGGCCGAGUCUCUGGUCGCCGAAGCCCAGCUUUCCAACAUCACUCGUGAGAAGCUCAAGGCAGCUUUCACUUACCAAUUCGACGCCAUGCGCGAGCACUGCGAGAAGCUGGCCAUCAUCGCUGGCUAUGGAAAGCACCUCCUCGAACUUGUCGACGAUACACCAGUUACUCCUGGAGAAACCCGUCAAGCUUACGACGGCUACGAGGCUAGCAAGGCCAUCAUCCAAGACUGUGAGGAUGCUCUUACCAACUGGGUGUCCCAGAAUGCCUCCGUCUCCUCCAAGCUCUCCCAGCGAUCGCGCACCCUUUCUCAACGCCGCCGCAACCAGAACCGCAACAUGGGUGAGGGUGUCGACCUCUCUGGCCAAGACCAGGCUCUCGACAGGGAGUCUGGCCUAUGGAUCCCCGCCGAGCAGCACCAGGGCAACGGUUACGACGACCGUGAGGACCUUGAUGACGAUGUUAACUCGACCAUCGCUAGUGAGCAUCAGCGUGGUCGUGAGGACGAGAGGAUCGUUGCUGCUUAG